GCAUAAUUAAAAACAAACCCCAUCAAGGUAGGAGAUGCUCUACACCAUUAAUGGAGGAAGUGAGAUUCUGUGGAAACCUGAGGAUUUGGAGAUAUUUCUACAACCAAACCUCCAAACAGUGUCAACAGUUCAUGUGGGAUGGUUGUCUUCGUGAUGGUGUCCAUGCUACACGCAUCGCCUGCGCUAGGAGGUGUAACCGCGGUGAGCAACCAGGAAUUUGCGCCGAUCACGCGGCCGGCACCUGCACCACAUACCGUCCCAGUUCGGAGUAUUACCCAAAGAAGAGCUUCUUCUACAAUAUAACAUCCCAAAGAUGUGAAGAAUAUCAAGUGUGCAUGUCUCUUGGAUAUAUCCUACACCAAAACUCAUUUGCAGCAAGAACGCUGUGCAUUUUGCAUUGCCGUGGCUUCGCGCGGUACGGCAUCGCUGGGAGUAAAGCUGAAUAGCAAUAACCAUCAUCCCAUAUUCUAUCAAUGGAAAAAUAAGAUCAAAAGUCUCUCCUGGAUGGAUAUGGACUUAUUCUUCCGUAAGGAGGGAAGUUAUAUCGAAUAUGUUGAUGCGGUUAUUAUUAGCCGCCGGACCAUACCUUGGAAUAUAUAAAUAUAGCACUGCAAAUAGGCAUUUUAUAUUCUUUUGUGUCUGUCGCAAUGUCAAAACACGUCGGAAUGGACGCAUAUAUAAAAUGAAUAUAAAAAUGAAAAUAAGC